AUGGCGGAGGACGCAGCUUCUGCUGCUCCGAGCCCUCGGGGCCGUGCUGACGGGAGCGAUGCUGACCCACCGGACGAGCAGGUGGCGGAAACGGAGGGAGAAGACCAGGAGCAAUUCGAGUGCCAGGAACUGCUCGAUUGCCAGGUGCAGCUGGGGACCCCUGAGGAAAGGGAGGACAUGGGCCUGAUGGCUGAGGCCGAGGCCGUGGCCACCGGCUGGAUGCUCGAUUUCCUCUGCCUCUCUCUUUGCCGAGCCUUCCGCGACGGCCGCUCUGAGGACUUCCAAAGGACCCGCGACAGCGCGGAGGCUAUCAUUCAUGGACUACCCAGUCUAACAGCUUACCAGUUGAAAACCGUAUACAUAUGUCAGUUUUUAACAAGAAUUGCAGCAGGAAAAACCCUUGGUAAAUACCUGUUUUUAUCUUAUAUUGGAAACAUUUUGAUCUAUGCUAUAGCUGUUUGUAUGGAAAAUGGCAAUUUUAAGGAAGCAGAAGAAGUCUUUGAAAGAAUAUUUGAUGACCCGGAUUCUUACACGCCUUUAAAGAGGAAAUUGCUUGUGAUAAUCUCUCAGAAAGAUACAUACCAUUCCAUUUUUCAACACUUCAGCUUCAAUCACAUGAUGGAUAAAAUUAAGACUUAUGUGAACGAUGUAGUAAAUGAAAAGUCAUCAACCUUUCUCAUGAAGGCAGCAGCAAAAGUAGUAGAAAGUAAAAGAACAAGGACAAUAACUUCUGAAGACAAACCUAAUGGUAAUGAUACUGAAAUGGAAACUGAAGCUAAUUUGGAUAGAGGAAAAAGUGUGAAUGACACACAGUCUGCAGUAACUGAAUCCUCAGGGGGUACACUAUCCUUAUCAAGGUCUCACAAGAAUCUCUUCUUAUCUAAUUUGAAAUAUGGAAACCAGCAACAAGACCUUAAUAAGAAUAAAGAAAGAAUAGGAACUCUUCAAAGUGAGUACUCUUAUUGUAGUUUUAGAAGUGAAGAGUUUUCUCUCCAAACGAUCCAACUGUUGACCUUACCACUACAACAUGCAAACAUACUUCAGUAAACAGAAGCACAAAGAAGCCACAGAGUUAAUUCAGGUGGUGAUUAAUUGAGAAUAUGCGCUAU